CGAAGAGCGAGCAAACAGUCGUCGCCGCGACGUCGACGCGACAGUACUUAGCGUGGGAGGGGGGUUCGCGCUCCUCUCGUCGAGUCUCGUGAACUUUCUUCGGUCAUCCCUACCAUCGCCUCCACUGUCACAUCGCGUCGAUGUUGUAACAGCCCGUUGUGACAAAGUGUAUAAAGUCCGAGAAAUUGCAACGCGACAACACAUUCUUGCGAUUCGCGAAAAUUAAAAAAAAAAAAUUCGUGCAUUGCACGCGCGCGAUUUGUCCGCUGGAUGCUCCUGUUGCAUCGUAAUCUCGAAAUAAGAUCAAGGAUAACAACGUUGUAAUUUUUUUCACGACUACGCGGUGCGGCGAAAGUCAAGAAACCGGUCUGUUGUGUUUAAUUUCCAUUUUAAGGAGAAACACAUUUCCUGCACAAUGGUUUCGUUAGUAGCGAACGUCAGAGUCAGCAGCACUCUUCAUCACCUUUGCGCUUGUGCUGCAAGGACAUUGACUACAAACGCGAUGCCAAGUCCCAAGGACGAGGCGAGAGAAGUGAUUGUUAAUUAUUUGGACGGGAAGGAUAAUGGCAUCGCUGUAUUAGGGUUGAACAGACCAGUCGCUCGCAAUUCCUUCGGGAAGAUCUUGGUCUCUCAACUGAACGAGGCGCUGGCUUCCAUCAAGCAGAACAAGAAACUGAGGGUGCUCAUCAUACGCAGCUUGGUCCCGAAAGUAUUCUGCGCCGGAGCUGAUCUGCGGGAGAGAUUGAAGAUGGACACGAUCGAGAUCCCGCAAUUCGUAUCCUCCCUGAGAGAUCUCAUGACCGACGUGGAGAACCUGCCGACUCCGGUGAUAUCGGCCAUCGAUGGUGCCGCUUUGGGCGGAGGACUGGAACUCGCAUUGGCAACCGACAUCAGAGUCGCCUCUUCGGAGGCCAAGAUGGGUCUUAUAGAGACAAAAUUGGCCAUAAUGCCCGGCGCCGGUGGAACGCAGAGACUUCCGAGGAUAAUCGGAGCAGCCAAGGCCAAGGAAUUGAUUUAUACAGCACGGAUUCUGGACGGCGAGCAGGCAUGCAUGAUCGGUCUCGUAAACGAGGCGGUUCCGCAAAAUAAGACUGGUGAUGCCGCUUAUCAAACGGCACUUUCUAUCGCGAGAGAGAUUUUGCCCAACGGUCCUAUUGGCGUUAGAGCGGCAAAAGUGGCUAUAUCCAAAGGCACGGAAGUGUCUCUGGAAGACGGUCUGGAGAUCGAGAAGCAAUGCUACAACAAGAUCAUGGACACAAAAGACAGACUCGAAGGACUUGCCGCUUUCGCAGCAAAACGUGCACCUGUUUAUCAAGGAGUAUAAAAUCUCACACCAUUAUCAAAAACUUAAUUUACAUAUCAUGAAUAAAAUGCAUUUUAUACGAGCUUUUUUCACAAUAUAUAUACAUAUUUUGCUGAGAAUUAUUGUAUAUAUCAAUUAUGAGAUACUUAACGUAUUUUUAUCCGAAUUGCAUUAUCGUUAAAAAUUGCGAUUAAACUUACGUAAUGAAAUCUAUCUAAAGAUAAAAAGAUAACAUCAAAAGUUUUUUAUGCACAACAAUAUUGCGGAUGCAGCAUUGACCUUGCAUUAUGCCUUGUGCAUUUACAUAUGCUAAUAAUAAAGGUGCCUUUCUUACGUCGGUAGCGGAAUAGUUCUACGUCUUAUGUCUUCCAAUAAAUGUUUUUUUUAUGUUAACAUU